CUCGCCAAAAACCCUAAACCUUCACGGUCCAGGAAGCUGCAAUCGACUCUUCUCUACGAAUAUGGCGACUGUACCAGUUAAUCCCAAACCUUUCUUGAACAAUUUGACUGGGAAGCCUGUCAUUGUGAAACUCAAGUGGGGAAUGGAGUACAAAGGUUAUCUUGUCUCCGUCGAUUCGUACAUGAACUUGCAGUUGGCAAACUCUGAAGAAUACAUUGAUGGGCAGUUUACUGGAAACCUUGGAGAGAUUUUAAUCAGAUGUAAUAAUGUUCUAUAUUUACGAGGUGUACCAGAGGAUGAAGAAAUAGAGGAAGCAGAGCGCGACUAGCAGGCGCACUCUUUACCAUUGAAUCUAUUGAUUUUAUUUUCAACCUCUUCUGUUCUUGUAUGACUCUGGAAAUACCUGUAGAUGUAAUGAUCCAAGUGACACUGGCCUAGAAACCCUGAACCUCUGAUUUGCUAAGAGUUCAAUUGGGUGGAUGUGGACGAUAUUCAGUUUGGACAUAUCAGACAAUAUUGCAUGUUGCUGUCUUAUUUCUUUUUUGGC